GCAGGGGGCCGCUGGGGGCUCCUCAAGAUGCUGCCACAGGAGGGGAGGCGGUUCCCUGGGAAGUGAAACCCACAGACCCCACUUUCACCUUCUCCAGGGACAGCCGCCACCACGUUCUGUGCCCUCCCUACGGUGGGCCAGCUCUGCCCCUCUGCCCAUCUCACAGGGCUCCUCAUUGCCCCUACCCCAGCCUGGCCUCUGAGGCUGUCAGCCCUGGUGCUAUUGACUUUCAGAUCCCACCUCCUGGGUCCUCUGAGGGCGGGCAGGGGAGGGGGUGGCCGCGGUGGGUGGGGAAGUGUUGCCGAAAUGCCCCUGCCCCACCCCGGGCUGCGGUCUGACAGUUGACCGGGCGCUUUCCUGUCAGCUGCCGGCGCUAGGUCAGACCCCUCCUUCGAGGCCAGGGGCUGUGGCCAUUGGGAGUUCGUCCCCCAGGACCCCUCCUCCCCCAGAGGGCACGCCAGUCUUGAAGCACUCACGGACCCCUCCCAUGUCGCCCUGUGCGUGCGCCACCCCACCACGCCCCGUCUGACCUUCCCCCAGCAACAUGAGCAGCCCGGAGACCCCCACAGAGCCCCCUGAGCCCGACGACCCCACCUGGUCGACUCAGCCCACGUAUAGCAACCUCGGUGAGAUCCGUGCCCACCUGCUGCCCUCCAAGGCCUGCCGCCCCCGGACCCCUGGGUCCCGCUCCACCGACCCACAGCCCCUGCCCCCACCCCUGCCCAAGAAAAUCCUAACCCGGACCCAGUCACUGCCCAACCGCAGGAUCCCCCAUGCCAGCUCCAUCCAAGUACAGCUGCCUCGGAGGCCCUUUCUGUGGUCCCACAGUGUGGACAAGAGCCAGGCUGAGGUGGGACCAGCUUGUCCCCCUGCAGAGCUGACCUUUGGCCUGACUGAUGCCCCACUGGGCCUGUCCCUCCGCAAUCUGCACAGUCCAGAGGCUGUGCACGCUGCAUUGGCUGCCCGGCAGCUGCAGGGCCUCCGUGCCAUCUAUGCCCGGCUCCAUACCCGGUUCAUGGGGGGCCACCCCGGGCCCUGCCGCCCUGGCCACGGCUUCCGCCUCCUGGACAGCUCGCCCUGCGCAGAGAGUGGGGAUGCCCUGUACUACCGCGUGGUGCGCGUGCAUGACGACGCCUGGCACAUCCUGGUCGCCAAGGUACCCAAGCCCGGGGCGGACGUGCCCCACCCGUGGGGCCUGGAGCUGCAGGCCUCCCUGUCUCCACACUUCAAUCUGCAGGGGUUGUGUGGCGUGGUGCCUGAAGGCACACUGCCCGGGGCGCCCUGGAGAGGCGCGGUGGCGCUGGCAGCAGAGGUGCCGGAGCGCACGGUGGCGCAGUGGCUGAUGGAGGCCUGCACGCAGCCGCCGGAGGAGUUCGUGUGGGCCGUGGCCCUGGUGCUGCUGCAGCUGAGCGCGGCCCUGGAGUUCCUGGAGGCGUGGGGCGCGGCCCUGGUCGAGUUGCGGCCAGAGAACUUGUUGCUGGCGGCACCUCGGGGCUGUGCGGCGACUGGGCACCCGCGCCUACUCCUCGCUGACUUUGGCCGCGUCUGUCUGCAGCCCCCCGGACCCCCGGGCUCCCCGGGCCCCCACGCGCCGCAGCUGGGCAGCCUCCUCCGCGAGAUGCUAGGCCUUGCUGCGCCCUCGACCACGCCUUUGGCCGCGGGCCUGGAGCGCCUGGCAGCACAGUUGACCCGCUUGCAGCCCUCGGCGUCCCGGACGCGGGGCGCGCUGCAGGCGCUGCUCUGGGGACCCGGCCCGGAGAUGCGCGGCCGCGGAGCACCGCUCAGUCCCUGGCUCAGGGCGCUCGGGCCCUGGCUGCGGUUGCGCCGCGGGCUGCUGGUCCUGCGCCUGGCAGAGCGGGCCGCAGGUGGGGAAGCGCCCAGCCUCGAGGACUGGCUGUGUUGCGAAUACCUGGCCGAGGCCACCGAGUCCUCUAUGGGCCAGGCCCUGGCGCUGCUGUGGGACUGAAGCCAACCCAGGGCGAACACACCAGGUCCAGGCCUGCCCAGGAGGCAGGGCUGGGGCUGAGGUCAGCGUCUCUAUGAUAGCCAAGACAACCUCUUCCUGCAGAGUCCAGGGACGCAGCAGAAAGAGCAGCGCCCCCCUCCAGGGUCUCCCCUCUCGUGCUGGCGAUGUGGGUCAAGGGCUUCCCAGGAGUGCAGCUACCCCUCCAGGGCUGGGGGCUGGCCAGCGCCUGCUGUGUGGGCAGCAGCUGUCUGAAGCCAGGGCCCCCAGGCCACUUCCAGGUGUGGACACCCCCGCUGAUGAGUGUCUCUCU